CGUGGUUGAAGUUCCACCAAGCAAUGUUGGUCGCCCUCUGCCACCACCACCAGUAUCUAAAACAGAACCAUCGUCAUCACGUGCGCGGCCAUUGCCUACUGCACCUGAUGCAGUAAAUACUAAAGGCAAACAAGAAGUCGAUCUUGAAACUCAAGAUACUGAUAAACAACAGCAAACAUCGUCUGACCAGAACAAACCAUCUGCUCCUAUUAAAGCAUGGGAAGAGGGUUCACAAUCAA